AUGUUGAUCUACAGUGACGCACUCACGGGCGACGAGCUCAUCUCGGACGCUUACGACCUCACCGAGACCGACGACGUCGUCUACGAGGCCGACGCGACCAUGAUCACCAUCAAGGAGGGCGCCGUCGACAUUGGUGCCAACGCCUCCGCCGAGGAGGCCGAGGAGACCCUCGAGGAGGGCGAGCAGCGCGUCAACAACAUCGUCCACUCGUUCCGCCUCACCGAGACCCAGUUCGACAAGAAGUCGUACAUGACCUACCUCAAGGGCUACAUGAAGGCGGUCAAGGCGCACCUCGCCGAGACCAACCCGGACCGUGUCGCCGCGUUCGAGAAGGGCGCCGCCACCUACGCCAAGAAGGUCCUCGGCAGCUUCAACGACUGGCAGUUCUUCACCGGCGAGUCGAUGAACCCGGACGGUAUGGUCGUCCUCAUGAACUACCGCGAGGACGGCGUCACGCCCUACAUGGUCUUCUGGAAGGACGGCGUCAAGGAGGUCAAGGUCGUGCGUCUUGGCCCCUCCCUCUCGUCCACGCCUCGCUCGGACAUGUCGACUGAUACCUCUCUUUCGCAGUAA